UUUCUACUCGGCGCGUGUUAUUUUGUAUUUUUGCCGACAGCCUGUCUCCUAGGCGCGCAAGUGAGAUUUCAUCUACUCUGCAUCGGCUCUUGUGCGUUUCUUUACUUCGCAUUGUCGCCCAAGUGGUUGCUACGAAGACACGCGAGUGAGACUCCAUCUACGUAUCAUCUGCUCUCUUACCGGCUUGUACUCAGUAUUCUCGUCCAGAGCUUGCCACGCAGGGUAUAACUGUCGUGGCCUUGGUUACAGAUUUUGAAGUAACUUGUGCUUAUCCCAUGCCGGACGAAUGACGGAAUUUAAUCGCCAACCAACACAAUGAACCCGUUGACUCCAGUAUCUGAUUAGUAAUUCUCCCCUCUAGCUGAAACACAUUUUCUGGUACUUUACUUAAAGGAAUUUGGAUUUACAUGAAAACAACACGUUAAAGCUGUAAAGUUUUGGCUAUUCACUUCAUUUGUAGCUGGUAACAGAACUACAAUGGUUUGAUGAAGUUGCUUAUUAAUUAAUUCUUGAAUUUUAAGGAUAACGAAAUUAAAAGGCCCGAGGGAAAGGGCUAACUCCAGUUGAACUUAAAGCAGACCGAUACUAGUCUCUUUCAUAGCUCAAACUUACCAUGACGUUAGUGGCUAUUAUCAGUGUCACGAAAUGUUUUGCAUCUCGAAAACUGAUUUCUCCUUGUCGGCUUGAGAUCAUUAUUAUUUUCUUGUUGUCAGACAAUGCCUUUUCUCACAGUUUUUCGAAAUUCCUGCUUAAAUUCCUAUUAUGUUUGUUUAUGCCAUGGAAACAUCUGUGAUACUUCCUCUCAGUGUAAUUGUCGGUUCAACUCGUGCUGUGAUAAACUUUUCGUGGAAGUCGCCUUGGAACAUAACUUUGUUUUUACGGUCAGACUUGUGUUUUGGCUCCGUUAAUAAAAGGCUCUUGAGAAGAUAUCAUUUGUCACAAUUAAUUAAACUAAAAAAAUUUGUCAGUUCUCUUAAUUGUCUUCGUUACCGACACGUCAAUCGAGUUUCUCACCAUUGCACUAAGCAUAUUCCUGUUUUUAAGUUUUCAGAUAAAAAUGUGUUCGUUACAAAAAAAAAGAAAAAAAAUAAGAAGUUCUCUUUCAUCCAUUGCUGGUUUUCCGCUUGUAGGGCAAUCCUUCUUAAUCUUAAUGGUACAAUGAUUCUCCCGCUGCUUUUAAGAAUCCCAUAACGAAUAAUCUGGAGGCAGCUACCACGAAACUAAGAUAUUUUUACUGAAAAAUCGAUUGCCUGUUGUAUCCACGUUUUGGGGCAACGUCAUAACCUAGAGGAAGGCGCGCUUUUACCCAUAAUACGGGUGAAAUUAGCGCAACUUUGGAGAAGCCGUUUGGCAUGGUUUUCUUCAAACCAACAGGAUCAUGGCCCGUCGAAGCGAGAUUUUAGGCGCCCCAGUUACCAUGUAGUGGGUCUUAGUUUGGAUCUACUUCUGUUCUUUCCCAAAUAUAUUUUACCUCGUUAUAUGACGUUUUGCUUUUGGAAACUCAGGGAAAAAUCUGUCAUUUCCGGUACUUAAGAUCUACAUAUUUCCGGAAACUGUGUUUUUAUCAACCCGCGUAUGGAGAAAGGAGUGGACUCGGAAGAUUAUGGACUAAUAAAAGCCUCGGCCUACUGAAAAUAGGUACAGUUUACUUGCUGUUCGACGUUGCUUAUAGACAGCUUGAAUGGGGAAUAUGACUGGUCAUUCAGCUGACCCUAGUUGAAACAGUUUAAUGAUAACGUGAGCAUUUUGAAAUGGAAUGCAACGGGCGCUUUUUGAAUGAAACUUGGGCAAUUAAAUGAUAUUGGCUUGACAACAAAGAGACGCGUUCGCCUGUGGGGUUUUGAGUUCAGAGCAGGCUUUUGUUCAAAUCAGCAAAUAAGCCAUGCAUUGAAAUUACCGUGACAAAAGGGAAGCCGGCAAUUGUGUUAUCAUGCUGAAAAUCACAGAAUACAAAACAAUAAUAACACUGGCGCUGAGUGAAUAUGUAUUGUCAAAAUAUCACAUUUCGACCAACAGGAUUCUUAGAAUUUACUUAGCUAAAUGUUUGAACAGAAAACAAUUAAUGUCGAGUAAAGUUUGCCGCUUAAAAAUUUGGAAACUGCAAGAGCUAGAACGUUUUGAAAGAAUCUUUGGCUUUCGUGCCCAGCUUUCGAAAUAAUUGAGGCUUUUCUCCUCAAGUUUCAUUCCUCAGAAUGUUUCUGAUUUAUUGAAAACGGCGACUGAGUUAUUUCACGUUAAUUGAAAUUCUGACACCUCAGUCUCUUAUUGUUUAAUGUGGUUUUACAAAGCUAAGCACGGUUCAAGGGUGUAUUUAUGCAAUGCUUUUUACCACCACACAAAGAAACCCAAUGAAUCUACAAAAUUAGGUCGUGUUUCUUUCAAAGAGAAUGAUAUUUAGGGUUUUGAGACGUGAUCUGCAAGGCGAAAAUGAGUUGAGUUACUGUUGGUAGAAAAAGGAUCAAUCAGAUUUGAUUUUGACGUAUUCCUGUUCAAUGUCGCUGAAUUCUGUUAUCAACAAAAUCAUACGCCGUGAGAAAGGAAUUCACAAAUAAUACACAGAAUUGACUUAACAAAUCAAGUUCACAACCAAAACAUUCUAUUUUUAACCAUUAAUCUAUGAUAUUGAUCAAAUAUCGCAUACAGAAGCACACAUUUCGAUCAACGCGUUAAAAAUGCCUGUGCCCAAGUCUGCAAAUCUGUCAAAAUCAUUCAUAUUCCAUUUGGCAAAUGCAAGCUCAGAUUAUCAUGAAAACAAUACACUGUUACAGAUCUUGGCGUUUCCGGGAGCGAGCUAUUUACUAAAUGACCCAUUUUCCUGAUGUGUAAUUAUCUAAGUCAAUUCAAUUUUGUCUUGGAAUGUCCAUAAAAAUAUGCCAAACACACGAAAGCUUUAUGAUUCGCUCCACGCAAACCAAGAGCUACCCACGCCACACUGGCAAAUAUCAAAUCUGAAAAUUGAUUCCCGGGUGCGAUUGUUAGUGUAAGAAAAAACUCUUCUUCCCAGCAGAAGAAAACAUCACAAAUCUAACUUCAGACUGAUUGAUGACAGUCUCGCUAAUUUCUACCAAUCGCCUAUCAGCGGCCUGUGAUUUUUGGGCGUGGCUACCUUCUAACGCAUGAGCAUUGCGGGAUUUUUAAGUUUACCCACGUGGUUAGACAUUGUCAAAAUUUAACAGUUGUUGAUUCUUGGAGUUUACUAUUAGUACUUUUGCAUGCGCUGAGCCGGUUACACAAUUGCGCACUGCGGCGAUCAGCAACUCCGGCAUAAAAAAAACAUGGAGCCGCCAGUGUAUUCUCCUCAAACGCCAAACCAUUACGAGUCGAUUGAAGUGGAAACUCCUACAUUACCGUACGGGAGCGAUUACAAAUUGAAAAUGGUAAAUUUGAACGGGGAAGAAAUCGCCGCCUUCAACGUCGAGGGGGAAGAUUUGCUUUGCUUUCCGCAAGUGUAUGAGUAUUUUCUGAAGGAUCUUGUGUCUGGAAUGCACACUGUGUACACAAAACUCAAACGGAUGAACAUUCAAGGAAAGAACUGCAACGUGGAGCAAGUUCGCAUGAUGCGAAGUGUUGGAGCCAUAGGUCAAGUCGUAAAUCGCUGCAAGUUGAUCUCGCGCGAAGAUUUCAACAGACUCUACGAAGAUUGUUUGCUUUACAGGGGCCCAGGGCGACGUAAAAAGAAUCCCGACAUUCCUCCCGAGCUGCUAAACAAUCCGUUCAAGCAUUUCAAAGUCGAUCAUCACGCUGAAAGACCUGUCAACAUAUCGAACGGAGAACCAAUGAAGACAGACGAUACGAACAAGUCCAUUUCGGGCGAUUCGUCGCCUAAUGCUGGUGUAACUUUGACGAUUGAAGGGUCACGUGAUGCCAACAACAAUUCAACUGGGGCUGAAAGGAAAGACCCACAGUUCAGAACGCCAAUUUCCCGACCGCCUGAGCGCGCUCUGAACAUGACACCGUCCAAUCUCACGCCACCAUGUCUUCACGGGAGCCCGCGAUAUUCUACCACACACGUAAUUCAUUCUCCAACGAACGCUCCGCCAUCACGUAUCAUAAGCCCGCCCAAUGGCGUUGCCGUGCCGCCAAACUCUCAGUCAUGCGCGUUCAACUUUCCACCUCGUCCUCAGGCGUCUUUGAGUCCGCAAGGAAAUGUGUUGAGUCCAGCAACGAAUGGCGGUCCACCUAGCAACGGUGCGUCAGCGGUGGCCAAUCGCAGCCCAGGAAGGUCUCCUAGUGUGGGAGAGGCAAUGAACGUUGAAGCCUCGGUACCUCAUGUCAGUAGCACUGGCACAUCUGAGCAUGUGGAGUUCAGGAAUGCCGCUGUUAAUGAUACGGGUUCUGAAAUGUCAGCCUCUUCGCCACACGUGUUAUCUCGAGAGCCUGAAUUCAGGGAGCCUGGAUCCACGGAAAGUCUUCUGUUGAACAUACAGGGUCUUCUGAAGGUGGCUGCAGAAAAUACGAGACAGAACGAGAGACAAGCUAUUUACGAAAGAAAUGAACUUCGCCGAUACAUUCAUCGCGAGCGUGAGGUUCGAGAGAAGGCCGAAAGACAAUCCGCUGCUCUGCAGAGAGGAAAAGCUUUUCUUCAAAAGAAACUCAAGAAAGAAAAGAGAGCGCGGCGUAAGCUCGCUGAACAACUCCUUGAGGAACAACAACGAUGUGAGCUGCUUGAAGAACAGCUGAGACAAACGACCCAAGAUGCUCUUAAACAGCGAAACGAUGAGUUACUCCAAGAGCUGGAAAAAGAACGCUGCGCCAAGAUUGAAGCUGAGAGGAAGCUUAAAGGUAAGCUAGAAGCUAGAGGGGAGAUCCAGAACUUUGUUCAUAACUUUCUUGAAAAUCCGAGUCAAGAAGGGCCUGGGCACCACCGAUCAGAAAUGGAGCCGGAUGAGCUAAACGGGGUCGAAGUGGUGAAGGACGAACAUAUCGUCACAACAUAGGUCUGCAAUGCGUUUGCACUUUGUCACCUGCUGAAGAGGGCGGUUUGAACGAAAGACAAAGGUAGCGAGCGAUAGUGAAACGGAAAUUAUCUGAACCAUGAGGAACGCAAGAGCCGACCGCAGAAAUAUAAGAGAAUAGCUGUCGUUUUUGUUAUGAAGUUCGUUUGUUCUAGUUGAAAUUGCCGACGUUGAAAAUCAGUUUGCCAUCCCAAAAGAAAAAAGUUAAUCGUGAAAUCCUUGGACGAUUGGCAAAGGAAAGCUCGAUCCUUCGAUGAAUUCUUGUUUGGAGAUAAUUAUGUCAGAAAAUACACACAGUUUAAAGUUGUUCUCUCUGUGUUGCAAACAACUCGCUAAAUGCUAUUCAAUGGUAGUUAUCGAUUUGAUUGUUCGGAACUACAGCUGCAUAUUUUUAUACUUUUGUAAAUUUGAAAGACAGUAAUUCGUUCGUGGCAUUCAUUUGAGAUUUGAUGAUUAUUUAUUUUUUAUGCGACAGGAGCUGUUUUUAUAUUACUCAGCGUAGUUUUUUUGUAUAUAUAUUUCUCUAAAUAAAAAGAAGUUUUGUUUCGUUGUCCAGUUUAA